GGGUGGCAUAUGAGAGUGGGCGGCACAAAGAUUGUUUUUGCAAAAAAAAUUACAUUGUGUUUUAACCUAAUAAUUUAAUCACAUAUGAAUUUGGAGUGAAUCAGAGCCUAAUUUGCUCCUCCAACUACGCCCGACGCCCAUGAUGGUAAAGAUACCAAUGUGACAAAAAAAUUAUACAUGAAGAAGUGUUUCAUAAUACACUUCGUCUGGUAAUGUUUGCUGCAACAGAGUUUGACAUAAUAUUUAAAGAAAAUGUAACAAUGAAAAAUGUAUAAAAAAAUGAGAGAUCGAAUAGAAAACUAUUAAAGAGAAAAGAAAACAUAGGAAAAGUGAGACAAUUGAAUUGAAUAUUUUAGAAAGAAAACUUAUAAAAAAGAGAGAUAGCAUAAUUGUAAUUUGUAAUUCAAUUUAGAGUUUGUGAAAACGACAUUAAUUGCCAACAUAUCUGGGUCUCGUGCAGAGCAAGCAGUAUAGCACGAGCUACCAUCCAAGUGUGCAUAGCACGCUAUUAUGCUAGCUAAUUCCACUGGCUUCAGAGUAAUAUACACUGCAAUAAAUGUCUCAUCCUAGUGCCUGCUGCACAUGAAUGAUUAACUGAGGAAGAUGAUGAUGGCAAGGCGUUCAAAGGAGCUAACGCGCGUGUUCAUGUCACGCAACCUGGUUCCGCCGGAGCAAUUCGACACUCUUCACGACGCGCUCAAGCUCAACUAACGGAGCUCAGCUCUUCCUCCGCUGCGACUCAUCCCGCAACGGCCCCAACGACUACCACGUCAUCUCCUCUAGGGAUCAUGAUAUGUAUCUCACCACCUAGCCUUUUCCAGUUAUUAUAUGUAUAUACUUCGGAUUUAAUUACCCGCUGAAUUCCACGCUUUAAUUAUCGAGUUGUAUUUUUCUAAUUGCAGGUGAAAUUCGAUGAGCUCCUGUCAAAAGGCUGCAAUUCGAUGAGUAUUUCUCUUCAUGUAUCCGACCGACAAUGUCUUCCUUGCGGGCAUUGACUUUUUAGCUGAUAUUCUCUGCUUCUUUGGCCAGGUCCUAGGUGUGUACUCUUUUGUGCGAAUGAACACAGACCACUCCCUAAUCCAUGCUGCCAUGCCAUGGACGGAGUCAAAAUACUAGCAUCUGGUUUUAAGGAGACUGAAAAGGUACACUGACCGCGUUUUAGUCUUUAGAGAUAGGAGGAAUUACCUAAAUAAGACUAAAAGAUAGCUACAAAUGGACUACUUAUGUGUGUUUGCACUAGUUUUUGAAAUGUUUUAAUUCAUAAUAAAAUCGUAAAAAAUAACAUAAAAUCGUAAAAAUAUCAUGAAAUAUUUAUAAAAUAAAAAGUUUAAAAAUAAAUUGAAAAAUUGAAAAAAAUAAAAAACGUAAAAAAACAAAAUACACUGCCACCUCUGCGCCCCCCAACACCGCCAGCUCUGAUCACCGGAGAAAAUAACUUGGAAUAGCAGGUCACUAACCGAUCAGGGACCAACGAAUGAAGAUGAGGUGCAAAUGUUGGAUUAUUCAUGAAUAAUCAAAAGGUGGGAUUAUUGAAAGAAUGUCGCUAAAAGGUUGGAUUAUUAGUUUCCAUUUUCCCUUGUUAGUAUUACUUGGCUACUCCAGUGCUGGAAGGAGCAUCAGUUUGUUGCUCCAGAGUCAUUCAGGGUCCAACCUUUUUCUGGGCUUACCAUCUGUAUUACCAAGAUACAUACAGAUGAGAAGACGGAGGUGGAAAAUAUAGUCCUACAAAAUGGAGGCAAAUAUUCUCGUGAACUGACAAAAAGUUGCACACAUUUAAUUUGUGGGACUGCUUCGCUCAUACCAGAAAGUGCAAAGUAUGUCAGCUAUACGCACCAGUUCCCGGACGGCCUGCGACUUUCUACACUCCAAUGAAGAUUGCAUUACCAUUUGCUAGGUGGGGGAUCGACUUGCUAGGGCCUCUAGCUACAACUUCGGGAGGAAGGAAGUACGUGAUUGUGGGGAUUGAUUAUUUCACCAAAUGGGUGGAGGCCGAACCACUGGCCAGCAUCACCGACUUCCAAUGCCAGAGGUUUCUUUGGCAGAAUAUUAUCUGCAGAUUCGGCCUCCCCGAACAGGUGGUAACUGACAACGUAAGGCAGUUCGUAAGCAGGAACUUUGAAGACUUCCUCAUCAAGUGGGGAAUCAAACAUUCCAGAGCCUCUGUGGCUUAUCCUCAGGCGAACGGUCAAGUGGAGAACAUGAAUAGAACCAUCAUGGCUGGUAUGAAAAAGAAGCUAGAAGAUUACUCCUCCACUUGGCCCGAUCAGCUGAAUUACAUUAUUUGGACAUACCGAACAACACCCCGAACAGCCACAUGGGAGACGCCGUUCGCCCUCGCCUACGGUUUUCAGGCCAAAGUGCCAACUGAGGUCUUAGUCCCGACUCAUCGAGCGAUCCACUACAAUCGAGAGAGAAACGAAGAUAACUUGCGUGCCGAACUUCACUUUAUAGAAGAAAGGAGGGAUUUGACAGCCCUUCGGAUGGAGGAAUAUCAUCGAGCAACACGAAGAUACUUUGACAAACAAUAAGAAGUGGGAUGCCUCUCACCCUCUUUGGGCUGGCUCUUCUUGAAUUUAAGACCAGCAGCCUCAGUGGCUUCGUGUUUGUCCUGGCCUUAUCCCCCUUAUUGGCCCGAUCAUGAAGAUAUGCGGCCAACUUGCGAGCGGCAGCCAGAAGAGUUUGACUAUCAUCCCACUCCUGAGCAAGAAGUGUCAUUUCCCGCUCAGCGGCUGAUAAGUCCGUAUUUGGACAUGCAUUUGAUGCGUGUUGGGGUCGGAUUUUGAUGGUUUUCCUAGCUUUAAGGUGUUACAAGUAUCAAUUUUAGCUCAAGUUAUGUUUAACAGGCGUUGGUUCGAGUUUUGUGUCAUUUGGAGUCAAAAUCAGGAUUUUAGAGUUCGGUACCCGGCACUUGAGGAACAAUCGGGAUGAUUUGAGAAGCAUUUGAGAAUGAUUUGAUAGCUUUGGAGGUCACCGGAAGAUUCACCAUGAAGAUUUGAAGGAAAAAAGAGCUCUAGGAUUGGCUACGGGGUCAAAAAAGAUGAAUGAAGCUUGAAAACGACGAUCAGGAUGACCUUUUGUCAAUCGUUCAAGCAUAUCUCUUUGUCGAAACAUCCAAUGUAAACGAUUCAAGUUCCAUAGGAAAGCUAACUUCAAGGGCUACAAAUGAUAUGAACACACCUUUGCGAGAAUAUGAGAGGAAAAAGGUGAAAACAGAUGAUGAAGUCAGAUGAUCUCUGCUGCGAUUUCAGAAAGACACCUUCCACCGUUUUGAUCAUAUCUCUUGAUUGGAUGAUUCAAAUCACAUUAAGCAAAUUGGGGUGGAUAGAGGACUUCAUUAUCUACAACUUUCAUGAAGGAAGUUUUGUCAAAUUCGGAAGUUAAAUAGGAAUGAUCGUGCCCUCAAAGUCAGACACGACCGUGCCUGAAGAGAAAAGCACCGCGGAGUUACUGCCAGCCAGGCACGAUCGUGCCUGGAGGGAGGCACGAUCGUGCCUGGAGGGAGGCACGAUCGUGCCUGCCCAAAAUGCGCGUUUUUGCUCCGGAGGCACGAUUGAAGGCACGAUCGUGCCUGACAUCGUGCCUGGCUCCGAAAAUCCUAAUUCAGCUCAAAUUUCACCCGAUUUUUCUAUUUAAACAGUCUGUAAACCCCCGUUUUCAGGGGGAGCUUAGAGAGAGUGUCUAGCACGAAUUUUAGAGGGCUUUUCAGCCUUGUUCAUCAAUCUUUUGGGAUUCUUUGUAAGUUCC